GCGGACAAGGGGCGGCAGAGGGCUGGGGAAGGAAGGGGGUCGCCUGGAUGGGGUCAUUUUAUUUCCCACUUCUUUUCCGACAAGCUCCGCCUACGUGCGCUAGGAUUGGCUGCUCGCAAGCAGCCCGCUGAUAGCAGGGCAUCUUGUGAGGAUGAACCACUAGCCAAUCCUAGCUCACCAAAGCGAGGCGCUAGCAGCCAAUCCUAGCCAAGAUGAGCGGAGCCGUGCUGAAAACAGGUGGGAAAUAAAAUUAGCUCUCCUCUGCGCGUGUUUUCAUUGGUCCCCUGUGUGGUGGCGCACGAUUGCGUCUCACAGUAGAUUUAUUAUUAAUUAUAUUAACAAGGAGCAAGAGCAGACCCGCUCAUCACACAGUGUGCACAGUUUAACACAGUAAAACCGGGCACCAUGGACGUGCUUUCGGACCUAAUGUUAUCUGAAUGAGUGAAAUGAAUAAGAGAGCGCAGUCUGGCAGGGGAGAGCGCUUCAUGCGACUGCAACCAGGCGAAUAAAUCCUGUCUAUUUCUGUCCAGGGCUUUCACGAACGUCACUGGAAAGUUGCCAGGAGGAGAGAGAGCGAGUGAGGCUGAGAGAGAGAGAGAGAGAGAGAGAGAAUGGUAGUGAGCUAUUACUCGCAUGUUGGGUGGCUAUAGACAGCCACAGUUUGUGAGCUGCCCGGCAGGACGGUAGGUUUACCCCUAGAGGGGGGAGGGGGGCGCACACAGGCUCCACCACAGCGCAUGGGGCACUGCGACCUACCGGCAAACGAACAGUCAAGGACAGGACGUGUAUGUGUAAGCACCUAAAGAGAGACAGAGAGAGAGUGAUAGAGAGAGCUCCAGGCCUCAUUCUGUGGGCUGGGUAUGAAGACAGAGAAGAUCUCGUUCAGGAUCGGACUGUACUGGAAUAGAUGAGAAGGACUGUGGCUCGGACUGCCAUCAGCGCAAGUGCAGGUUUUCGGGCGCUGCGAUACAGACUGUGAUCUCUCUCGCAGCGUUUCUAACCCGCGCUGUCUUCGUGCGCCAUCGCCGGAACCGCAGUUGCACGAAUGUUUUGUACGAUGCGAGCCGGCGCGUGAGGAGAAGCCGGCGCGCGCCGCGUUGCCCCCUGACCCAGUUUUUCCCUGAAUGAGGUUCAGCAGCGGAGAGAUGCCGCUGAGACCAGGCUCGCGGUGAAGCGAUGUGGAGCUUCAGCACGGUACACAGGCCAGCUCACCGGCUCCGUUUCAGCGCGUUAAAGAAGCUACCGGCUCCGUUUCAGCACGUUACACAGGCCACCGGAUAGAUUUCAGCACGUUAAAGAAGCUGCCGGCUCGGGUGUUUUGAACGCGCCGUGCAAAGGAGCUCGUGUAACGCAUACGAAACACGAGCCUCGUGUCAGGGCAGAGUGAACUCGACACUGAUAAGGACUCAUCUGCACUGGAGAGAUAAAAUAUAACCCCUUGUUAUAACCUCGUUGCGACGUUGCUGCUAAAGGUGAACAACAACGAAGAGGAUAAACAGAGACUGUGCGGACGCUGGCCUUUGGAUCCCUAAAGAAAAAUGAGCGUUUGGGCUUUUUAAGCUCCAGCCCAGCGGUUUCUGUGCAUGCUGUGGGGGAUUUAUACCUUUAAUUAAGGCUCAGGAAUUUUUGGCCAACUGUAUCCUAAUCUGCACAUACAAAGUCUGCUUUAGGUGGAUUAUAAUUUUGCUGCACAUGCAUUUGAGUAGGACUUUGCAGUAAGAUCAAGACUACUGACUGAUGUUUGAAUGAUUAAUACUUAUCCUGCUGAGCAAAUGCAACCUUACUGUGGAACAGCUUAAUUCCAUGAUGUGAUAUCAGUGCAAAUUAUUGUAAAGGAACAUGAUGAAGGUGACGCCAGAGGACGAGAACGGUAAACCCCUGUGAGUUGCUGCAGUGAGCCAGUCCUGAGUACGAGAUAUCAUGAUGUGGUCGCUACCUCUCCUCCGUCACACUGAUGUCCCACCAAGAGUGACAGAAAACUUCAUUCUGUCGGGUUACCGCUUCCCCGACUACAGCCUCCUUCAGUGCCUGGUCUCGGCGUUCCGCCCCACCAAUGAGACCGGAAACUUCUGGACUCAUUUCCUCCCCAUUUUUCUCUUCGCCUUUCACUUUCUGGAGAUAUUCAAGUGGGAAGGGGCACCAAACCCUGGAGACCCCUUCUUUUACCCUGCAUGGACCUACUUCAUCGGGGUCUUCUAUCUGUUACUGGCCAGCAGCAUGGCACAUCUUCUGAACUCUAUGUCAUUGAUUAUUCGGGAGAUUUGCUUCUUUGUGGAUUAUGGAACCAUUAGUGCAUAUACUGUUGGUUCCUCACUGGCUUACUAUUACUACAUUCAUCCACAGGCAGGGAUACCAAAGAUUGGGGUUGGGGCACAGAAUGCAUCUGGGACACAGUCAGAGAGGGGUGAGGAACCUUCAUCACCUCCUCCUUCCUGCACUACCUCUUCCUUCUACAGCUCUCUCCUAAUUUUCCGCCCAUUCUUCGAGAGUUUGUACAUCCCCUGCUCCUGUAUGAUAGCUAUCGUCUGUGUCAUAACUUGUUGCAACACCAGGCAGCGCUGGAGGAAGUACCGCUACAUUGUGCGUACUCUCGUCUUCCUCCUCCCAUUCUUCAUCUCAUCCACGCCGGUCUUCUACCGCCUUCUCAGCCCUUCCCCAUACCCUCCGAACUCUCCACCGCCCUCUCCUUACCCGUCCUCCACAAUGGCUGCCUUCUUCUACCGCCACUGUUUCUGGCUGGUGGUGUCUGCAGUCUUCAACAUCAGCAAGAUCCCCGAGCGCCUGUCUCCGGGGAAGUUUGACAUUUGGGGCCACAGCCACCAGUGGUUCCAUUGCUGUACCUUCUUGUCCAUCCUUGACGAGCUCCAUAUGAUCAAGGUGGAGAUACGGGCCCUGUUGCUCCACCCUUCUCUGGUUCUAGCACCCACAACGCCUACUCAGCUCCCUGGUCCCACUCUCUGCUCCACCUAUGGUGUGAUGAUGCUGCUGCAAGGGUGUAUAGCCUCUAUCAUUGUCUGGUUUGGGUGGUGCGCCUACCAUAUUUAUGCUCCCGAGCAAAAACGUUUGAAGGUGCAUUAAGAAGAGCCAUAGAACUGAAUUCUAGCUGGCAGUGGCUGUUAUUUAACCACACGGGGCAUGAAUCCUUUCUCCAUUUUACCAUUUCACAGUCUAGGAUGGCCACUGUUGAGGCUACAGGGCAUCAUUUGACACAAUUGCAUAUAACUGUUACUGUCCAUGUACUAUCAAAUAUCAAUAUGAGUAAGGUUUAUUACGAGGCAUGUUGUUGCUUCCAUUGUAGGUUUAUUCAGAGGCGUUCAUUUGACUGAUUGUCUUCAAGUCUUGGCUUGGCCAUUUUUGUCCCUGGGGGAAGUACAGUGGUGCUUACAGGGCGUUUCGAGAAUGAGUUGCUAAUUCCAUCCCAAGUGGGCUCCACUAGCGCUGGACAGCAUUAAACGCUUUCAGAGUUUCCUGGGGAGACAUGAUAUCAUGCUAAUGCUUUUAGUUGGUAUCUCUCUCUCAGUCUCUCUCUGGCAGUGUGUCUUUAUCACUGAUACAUACACACAACCAUGCACACAAACUCACUUCCUCUUUGUUGCUUGUGAGCCCUUCAAACAGGAAGUGAAGGAGCCGACAAGCUCAAAUUGCUUCAACCACAGUCUUUUAGAAAAGAGGCAAUGAGGGGGGAGUGGUUGAUGCAGCAUAUACUCGAACAAUAUCAUGUUCUUCGGCCCAUAUUUUCAAAUGAUGUUCUAUCAGCUUGCUCUCAUUACAAAAAGAAAUCUGAGAGCUGGACAAUAUAUGGAAAUCUGUGCUAUGCUACUGAGCUGUUGUUAUCAGUUAUAGACUUGAAUCUACAAGAUACCAUCGAGACAGAAACGUCUUUACAUAUUCAGUACUGUAACCUAUGCAUGGCUCUUGAUUGUACAUUAGGUGUAUAGAUUAUAACAUAAGAAGACGAGGUUUGAUGGGAGGAUUACGCCUUGAAUGUUGGGUGAAGAAGAAGCCAUAACAUUGCUUACUAGACAUAUCAACAUGAUCUCAGCAGUGUUUUCCACUGCUUAGCGGAAUUUGCACUCAACCAACCAGAUGCUUUCAGGAAGUGGUGCAUUAAAGGGCAUAUCAGUGAAUAAUUUAAGAGAGUUUUGCCUGUUGUUGCAUUAAUUUUUAAUCUGUCAUUAAUGUUGCUUGUUCAUUCCUUUGUAGAUGACAGUCUCGUCUAGUUUUUUACAUUUUGCCCUUCUCACCAUCACUUACCUGUAACAGCUGGUUCUGAAUACUACUUGAACCUUUCUGUAAUGGUAGAAAAUAGUGUAAGAAAUGCCACUGUGACGACUAAGUGCUUUUGUUGUUGGGGUUUCAGUGCUAGACUUGUUAAGGCUUGCGUUCAGCAAGAAUUCUAGGUUAAGAGUGCACAUCUAGGAUCAGAUUCCUCCAGCGCCUAUCUGAGUCAGGACAUGUGACUGAAAGAGUAAAGCAGCACUCUUAACCUGGUAUUCUUCCUGAAUGCAGGCCUUGGUUGAAAUAGUCUUUCCAGUGGGUGCGCAGCUACUGGAUAGCACGUUACUGAGCAUUCUGUCAUAAAGCUAUCACAUUUUAUCAAUAACAGUCUAUCUUAUGACUUUUCUUUUGAAAGUCAUGGCACACAGCACUUUUUUGUAACAUCAUGAAGUUAUUUUUAUGUGUUCACAUGUUGUCAUGUUAUGUCUUGUCAAUGCAUCUCUGAUAGCUUUAUGACAGCUUGCGUAGUGUGAAGUCUUACCAGUAGCUGUUACUGUGGGUACAUUUGCACAGUUUAAAAGCCUAGUCAUUUUGAAAAUAGACUCUGAGUUUAGCUAUGUCUGUAGAUUUCAAUUUUGAACGUGCCUGCUAGGUUUGUGUCAUUAACUUAUGACUGUGUAUAGAUUUGAAUCAGUGGUGAGUCAGGCAUCCUUAUUGUACACUAGAGUAUUUGUAUCUCUGCUGUCUGUUACUCAUCCUCAUAAGAAAGAGCAUUAGAAUAGUUGCUAUAGGUGUAUGGAGUCAAUGCUAAAACACAGAAUGCCAUCAUGCUUGUUUUAUAGAUUUUUAUAGGGUGACAUACAUCCUCUCUUUCCAGGACAUGUCCUCUUUUUGGGACCUAAAAGGGUGUCCAGCUUGAUUUUCUACAUUGUCUAAAAUGUCCAGGAUUUGGAUUUUGCUUUUAUGCUGACGUGCAUUCUACAGUCUGCCCGCAAUGUCCUCUUUUUUGAAAACCAAAAUAUGGUCACCCUAGAUUUUCAUAGAUUAUAUCUACACUGCCGGACAAAAAAAAAUUGCUUACAUACACUGAUGUUUAUUGAAAGGAGGAAAUCAACCAACAAAAUGACUGGAUAUUUCGAAGAACAAUGCUUGACACCAUAUUGCUUGUCAAGUGAUUUAAGUAGUUUGAGGUGGAGGGAGUUCAAGUGUGAUAUGCAUAGGAUGACUAGAUUUAGUAGAAAGAAAUUCCAUUAAAUUAUUUUAAAAAAACUCUAUGAACGUAUGACAAAUUAGUAUUGUUAUUUAUCAGUAGUUGUGCUUCAUGUGCUUCAGCCCUUACAGCGGAGCAGUUAAAAAAAGGAAAUAGGUCUGUAAAAAACAAAAGGUUGCUUCACCACUGGUUUUAAAAUUCAUUGUAGGUUAGCUGGGCGAACCAACUGGCUGGUUUCCUAGACUUGAGUUAAGCCUAGACUAUAUUGCAUAGCCAAUGAUGAAUCACCACUGGAAAUUUCUUUUAGUCUAAGUUCAGGUUUUAUCUGGGUCUGCAAAACUGGCCGUAGAUGGUAUGGCUGAAGAAACAGCUCAAAAAUGAACAAUGUGAUAUGGUCAUGAAAGUUAGAAAGGACCUACAACAUACAGAUAAACAUGUAUAGUUCUUCUAGUUUCUAUACAUUUCCAUUCAUAUAUGUGCAUCAUCGAUAAUCACAAAAAACAACCUUUGAGCAAUUCUUUUUGACUGCCAGUGUAAGGUACAGUUCAGUCUUAUCUGUUACAGUUGAAAUUCCAUGCCCAUAAAGUCCAGAUCCUGCUACACUUGAUGGGAUCAUAGGGCCUCAUUCACCAACCGUCCUUAAGAACCGUUCUUAAUUUCUUCUUAAAACCCACUUACGCAGGUUUCAUUCAUCAAAGUUUUCUUAUUUGGGAUUUCUUCUUAAGUGAGAACAGAAUCUACGCACACAAAGGUGCGAACAAAUCUGCAGUUUAAGAGCACGUCAUGAAGCUGACGUAGACUUUUUCUUAGGGCCUUUCUCAAGAAAAAGAUGCUGGUGAAUGAGGCCCAUAGUUUUUGGUUUUGUUACAGAGAAUAACGUUAUGCAAGCCAUGUAUGAAAUACUAAAUUGUCACUUGAUAUGUGUGUCUGUAAUGUGCGUGCGCUAUGAGGCAGUGAUGGCUCUUUGAACACAAAUUUUAUCCUGCAUCUUACUUCCUUUUUACAUCAUCGAGUAGGUUUGUGGUAGCACCAACCUUGUGACAAAGCUUCACCAAUCCACACAAAGCAGCUACUGAUUCUGCAAGAGGAUGCUUCUGCUUCAAAAGACUGAUUUUCUUUUGCAUAGCUUACGCAUUUAAUAUGGUUGGGUAAAACAUGAUUUAGGGUCAAAUGCCUUGUGCAGAGAACAUCAAUGUCUUUGUCUUUGUACUGCUAUCAUUGUUACAAGAGAGGGACCUCACUUUUAAAAUAUGUGAAGAAAUGCAUAUGCAAACAUAUACAUCUGUUUGAUUGUACUUGUAUGAAUUCUGUACUACUAGUAGUAGGAAAAAUGAACAUAAACAAUACUCAAAAUACUCAGCAAGGGACACAGUCGAGGAAUUAAUUCCCUGUAAAACACCAGCUGUCUUCUUAAAGAACAUUUAGGGCACUUACUUAGACUUUUGGUGCUUGGUUGGAGCAAAAAUUUGUGGACCAUUUGUGUCCACAAAUUUUCUCAUAGGUCAGUAUUAUCAUAGUGUGUAAAACUGAUAUAGGUUCACUGGACACUGUUGGUCCAAAAUGGUCAUUUAUCACUAAAUGGUCACUCAUCAAGGUCUCUGGUGUAAAGUUCAAAGACAGAAGCAGUUUUAUAACUACUAGACUGGAAGAGUUCUAGCUCUCAGGGUUAAAUGAAUACAGGAUUGUUGUCAGAAGUCACUUUACAUGCUAUGCUUUAUGACUGAUUUAGAUUCAGUCUUAUUUAUGAUUUACAUAUGUAGAUCAUUAGAGUUUUCUCUUAAUGACUGAGAUAUAGGCUACCUUUAGAUUCAGAAUUAAAAUAAUUGUAUUGGUAGUUUCUUUUUCACUGUAUCAAGAGAUUAUAACUAGGAAUUAAUAAAUUUAGCACUUGCUGGAUCAAAA